AUGAGUGCUCUGUUUACCUGUGAGGAACCGUCCUCAUGGAGAAGUGUGUAUGACAAGUACUGGGCUGUUGUGGAGGCUAAGGCUAAAACCAAGAAAGCCGGUAGCCUAUUAAAGCUUGACAAGUGGUACCAAGAGGAGCUGCCCACACUGAUUUCAAGUCGAUCUGUCAAACACAUAACUCUGUCAGAGCUGGUGAAACUGAUGGAGUGGAAGCUCACUAGAGGGAAGUUCAGGCCGAGGCUGCAGCAGCUUGUUGCAUCUAACAGUGGGGACAUCGUGGAGAAGUGUUCCAGCAAGGCUUUCAGCCUCCUGCCUGAUGUGCCAGCUGCGAUCUCAGAGCUCAGCUCUUUGAAAGGAGUCGGUCCGGCCACUGCCUCAGCUAUUUUGGCAGCAGGAGCUCCAGAACUGACUGCAUUUAUGUCUGAUGAGGCAAUGGAGAGUGUACCAGGACUAAAGCCCAUCCAGUACACAGCCAAGCACUAUGCUCUUUACCUGAACAGAAUGGCUGCACAGUCUGCAAAACUAAACAAAGUGGAUGCACAGCAGGACUGGACACCCCAAAGACUGGAAUUGUGUUUAUGGGCGAUGGCCACUGACACAAAGCAGCAACUCCAGCUUUUAAAUGUUGUUAGUUUGAAAGGCGGUAACAAGGCGGAGAAAACCUCAGACCUUGACAAGGAGAAAAGACCUGCAAAGAAGCUAAAAACU